CUGUCAGUAGUGCCGCGUGCAAAGAAAACUGGCAGGCUAUGCUGCGUAGGCGUACUCAUUAAAACGGAUAGUGCGCGCGCUCCUCCUCAGAACUUUUAUCUCCUCCACAGACCCACCUUAACCUACUCUCUGCAAUAUAGGCCUACAUGUCAUAGAGUAGGCAUUUUGUUUAAUGUUGUAGUGGGUUUUAGAGAGGGUUUAGUACGUUUAAAUUAACAGUUAUGGCGAAGUGGUCGGUUUUACUCUUUUACCUCCUCCAAGGACUGGCUCAUCUUAUUACUGGACAGCAGCAUCCACCGCGUGAGCGAGUAGGGCCUUGGCGGCAGAGGAUUCAGUGGGAGAAUAACGGUCAGGUGUACAGUCUAAUGAGCACCGGGUCAGAGUAUCACCCGCCGGCGCGCCCGAGGAGCCAGUCCACGGUAUAUGUGAGCACUAGGAGGGAUGGCACCGGUCAGACGCAGCCUGGAACGCGGGAAGGCAGAGUGGCUCACAUAAGAUCUGGACGAGUGGAAUCGAACUUAGGCGCGGGACAUUUACGGGACCAAACCAACAAUGUUCUAGAUCCUGGAUCUGUAGCUCUGGGACAUGACAAUGGGCAGUAUAUGGUGCCCAAUGCUCGGCAGUCAGGCGCCAGGCAGCAACCUGAGGUUCCAUACCGAGCGGGAGUGGCGGGGUCCCCUGGCGCAAGGCGCUACUCUCCAGAGUACACAUACCGAGUCAACGCCUCCGUCCACGCGCUGCUCCCCGAGUUCUCCGGUAGCGGGGUACCGAGGAGAGGAGCGCCAGUCACUCAGGAUGCUACCGGGGAUGCUCGCUCGGGGGUUCCUGCCUCUCCAUCCCGGGGAAGCGAGGUAGUGCCUGUGACGGGUGGAGAAUACCAACAGAUGCGCGCUGAGCCGGGAGCAUCUGUUUCCAGGCAAACCGCACUAACGGAACAUUCCAACUCAGGUAAUGUCGUCCCUAACGGUAGGGAUGCUCCUCCAGUACGCAGACCCGUUAACGGUGCUUUGACGUCGAUCGAGGCAGCGAGUAAUGGCGAGGACAUGGUCUCGGACGACCCUAGGAACCCUUUUAAAAACCACCGGAAUUCCGUUUUCUACAACAUGUACCCCUCCAGAGGCAGAACGCCGGUAGUGCGCACGCGGCGUCCCCCGGCGCCAGCUCCUGGCACUGGAUAUGGAACCAGAUAUUUCCAGAAUGGUGGGUAUGCUAAUUGGCGCGUGUGUAGAAUAGUACAUUUUCCUGGUGCAACAGUUAUAAGCGCUUAUAAAGCCAUAUUUAAUGCCGUUAUAUCUUUCCCAAGGGCUCCCAGACCUCGUCCCAGACCCGUAUGCCAUCCAGGCUGGUGCCUACAUCCAGCGGAUGCAGAUGUACUCGCUGCGCUGUGCAGCUGAGGAGAACUGUUUGGCGAGGUAAGCUAUAAGUGCCCAUGCAACUGGCUUUGUGUGCUAUGUUUUUCACAGUAUAUGUUCUGUAUAUCUCUUCAUCCACAAUACAUACACUUUAAGAAAACAAUCAGCAUUAUCCCAUUGUCUCUUAAAUUCCUGCAGUUAUAUCUUGUUAAUGUAAAUAAUGUUUUCAACUGGUAAUUUGUGACUCAAUAAGCAACAAACAGGAUCUCACUUAGCUACCACUGUUUUCCACUGCCAAUAAACGUAAAAUGUACUAAUUUUGACCAUUGCAAAUGUUUACAUGAUCUGAUAGGAUGACAGUUAAUGUAUCUUUCCAUAUGUGGUCUCUCCCAGAUCAGCGAGCACAGCCAGGGACAUAGACUACAGAGUACUGCUCCGCUUCCCCCAGAAAGUCAAGAACCAAGGCACCACUGACUUCCUUCCGGUCAAACCAAGACACCAGUGGGAAUGGCACAGCUGUCACCAGUAAGUAAAUCCAAGUAAAUUGCAUAUAGGAAGUAGAAAGAACUAGCUCUCCCUCAUUCCAUUGGAAUUAGUCACUCCUGACAGGCUAUAGUAACUGGCCAGUCAGGUAUUGUAUAACAACUCAACCUGGACUCAGGGAUAGACGUAACAUAGUACAUGUAAAUCCAAGACACUCCAAUUAGUAUGAUAUGUUACAUUUCGUAUGGUUACAUAAGACAAAAGGUUACUUAAAGGGACAUUUCAUAAAUGUUCAACCGCAUAUUCAUAAUCUCCAUAUACUAUUGGAAGACUGGAACUAUAGACAAAAUCAUUUUUGUCCAGAAUCUUUUUCUGAACUUAUUUUAUAAGAUUAGUAUACAUCAUCUACUCCUGUACUAUCGUUACUACCCUCUCCUCUAUCCUGCCUCAGACAUUAUCACAGUUAUGUACACUGUUAAAAUGACAUGCUUUGUAACACUAAAACUAGUGGAAACUCAGCUGCCACCACCUUAAAGAAGACAAAACCUUGACUUUGCUGGAGUAUGAAAACACAUGGUUGUGAGGGUAUUGGGACAGAUUUAAGGUGUACUGUAACAUUCAUCCUCAGGUGUUCUGAAACAUGACAUGGUGUGUUGUAACACCACAUAAUCAAGAGUUGUGCAACACCUUGCAAGAGACUGGGAGCACUAUGCCGGAAAAGGUUGAAAACACUAUCAUGGUGUUUCGAUUCCUGUCUAGUGCAGAAUUAGAUUCCUUCUGGAGUUUCCAGAUACUGUAAAUGGGAGUUCCUCUUCCUAUUGUAUAUUCCCUGCUCUUAUAUGGUGUGUUUAUAAACUCCUCAUUGGUAAUACCAAAAGGUCAAAUGUAUUAUACUCAAACAAAGGACACAAGAAAAUAUAGUUUUGUGAAAACACAAAUUAAUACAUUUGUCCAGGAUAAUGAUUAAUGAGUACAAAAUUACUUUUUCAAGACAUGAUUUUGAAGCUUCAAAUGAUUUACCUUUUCUCUGCAAAUUAUCACAUGUCAAAACCUUAACAGGUCUUUCAAUUUGUGUAUUGAUAAAGACAAUUCAAAGAUCUGUAUGGUAUUCAUCAUAUUAAUAUUCAUAAAAAUCAACGGAAAUAUGCCAUUAUAUUUUACAUUCAUGGAAAAUAAAUACAGGCAGUAGCUAUGUUUCCAUUAACCUUUCCAGUGAUUUUUUUGUCAACAUUUAGAAAGUUGACAAACAGAUGUGACAAUUGCCUGCUACGGUGCAUUUCCAUUGAACUGUCGUGUCGAUAAAAACUGUUGGACGUAAUGGUACCCCAAAAAAGUGUGUUGAAUAAAAAAUAAGUGGUUGAAGUGUUUCCAUUAUCUACUAAGACAAACUGCACAUUCAUUAAUUGGUGACAGCCUGUAUACCCUCCCAUCUAUCUGUUUCAUGUUCAGGUAACCCGCAAAAGCCAGCAUGGAAAGAAUGUAAGAUUUGACAAAUAUUUGUCAAACGUAUCGCCAGGGCCCGUGCAAUGGUGAAACUUGCACAACUGUAAAUCUGAAAUAAUUAGAUGGUGAAACUUGCAUCCAACCAACCAGAAAAGCAAGGCGAAGCAAUUCAGGCAUUUUUGAAGUCAAGACAAUCCUUGUCCUGCAAAUAAACAUUUUUAUAGUUGAAAAAUAGAUUUAGCAAGCAGUAGGCAUUUCAAAUUAAAUGUGGAGUGGAGCUUUAUAGUAACGUGAUGACAUCACAUGCCCUGCAUACCUUCAAAAUUAUUCAGCAAUCAUCAUUUAUUCUAAAAACACAGUUUCCAUCAUCAUUUGCGACAUUGCUUUUAUCGAAUAAACCUGGGUCAAUGGACACCUGUCUAAUGACUGCUAAUGUUAGCAGUAGCACUUAUACAAAACUUGUUAGUAGUAGCACUUCACAAACUUCAGCCCAGGGCUCAAUAUGAUCUACCAGUCAUCCAUUAUGCUAAUGCCGGGAUGGGCAACUUUGAUGGGGGUGGGUGCCACAAAAUCUGAACUCAUUAUGAGGGGCAACAGUGGCUCGCGGGUCUGCGCACCCACAUCCUUACCCACACAUGCAGUCAGAGCCGGUCCUAGCUUUUUGGGGGCCCUAAGUGACAUUUUGUUGGAGGGGCCACCCCACCUUGUGAGCAAAACAUUUUAGCCAAGGAGUUUUGAUGAAAAAAAGGGGAGAAAAAACCAUCUCUGAUAAUCACACGCUGCUAUUUAUUGCUGACCAACAGAUGUCACAAAUGUGUAUCGUGAACAGAAAAUGAAGUUCAGAGUAAUGAACAGUUUUUGCCGGCACAAUUUGGUGAAAGCGCCGAAGCCUAAAGAAAGCCUCAGUUUCCCAUCGCUAGUGAUAACUUUUUGUACUCACAUUUUCAUUGACAUACUUUCUUGGAUUGUUUUGGAGAGUUUCAUUUGCGCGUUUGGUGUGCUCUCAACUGUCUGAGUUUGUGAAGGACCCGUUUUCAUACUUAACCAUAGUGUUUGCUAGAGGGCACACCUGCCACGCAUGCCCUCUCUCCACCUCCAUGCCUCAGACUGGGUGAGUUUGCUUCUGAUAUUGGGGCCCAGGUUCCUCACACGGUACGUGGCUGUGUGGAUGAGUGGGUAAAAUUCCAAAUAAAUGUGUCAUCCCUUAGCAGUCGGGGGUUAAUUUCCCACUUCUGCCUGUCCAACUUUCACUCCUUCUCCGGCUCCUCCUGUUUCUAAUAUGUCUAAACAAAGCACAGAGCACAGAGCCUAUGGAGAAAAAUAUUCUCUAUAGGCUCUAUUCAGAUUUAAAAUAAAUUUAUCUAACGUUGGACUUAAAUCCAUAUUUCAUUGAGUCCAUGUUAAGUCUACUUAUUUCAAGUCUGAAUCGGGCCCCAUGUGCUCAGUUUAACAAGGCUGGUUAAGCACACCAAUUUAGUCCUGAAGACUGGCUUAAUAAUAAUAAUAAUAUGCCAUUUAGCAGACGCUUUUAUCCAAAGCGACUUACAGUCAUGCGUGCAACAUUUGUUGUGUAUGGGUGGUCUCAGGGAUCGAACCCACUACCUUGACGUUACAAGCGCUGUGCUCUACCAGCUGAGCUACAGAGGACCAGUGGCUUAGUGGACUCAGGCAGUGUUUCGACAAGCAGGAGACCCAGUGUCUUCUUUAAAUUGUUAAUCAAAAUAUUGAAUGAAAAUCAUCAAUCAAUAUGUAUUCUAUAAACCAAUAGCAUAAAUGAUUGAAUGAGAGACACACUCUGCCUAAAUAUUCUGUUUGUGUUUUGAUGCACUGAAACACCAAAAAGUGUUUUCACAACACUUUCUUUAAAAAAGUAGAACCACUUUCGAUGUUUCAGAGUACAUCCAUUCUGUUUUGAAACACAUUCUGUGUAUCAUAACAGUUACAUUGGGUUUACAUUCAAACACCCUCCAAACACCAGAUUUCAGCUUAGGUGCACAACUUUUCAUGGUUUUACUGCACAACGAUGGUAUAUACAGUACCUACUCAUUCCAGGGUUUUACUUUAGUUUUACUAUUUUCUACAUUGUAGAAUAAUAGUGAAGACAUCAAAAUGAUGAAAUAACACAUAUGGAAUCAUGUAGUAACCAAAAAAGUGAAAAACAAAUCAAAAUAUAUUUUAUAUUUGAGAUUCUUCAAAGUAGCCACCCUUUGCGUUGAUGACAGCUUUGCACACGCUUGGCAUUCUCUCAACCAGCUUCAUGAGGUAGUCACCUGGAAUGCAUUUGUGGAAUUUCUUUCCUUCUUAAUGCAUUUGAGCCAAUCAGUUGUGUUGUGACAAGGUAGGGGUGGUAUACAGAAGACAGCCCUAUUUGGUAAAAGACCAAGUCCAUAUUAUGGAAAGAACAGCUCAAAUAAGUAAAGAGAAACGACAGUCCAUCAUUACUUUAAGACAUGAAGGUCAGUCAAUACGGAAAAUGUCAAGAACUUUGAGUUUCUUCAAGUGCAGUCACAAACACCAUCAAGCGCUAUGAUGAAACUGGCUCUCAUGAGGACCGCCACAGGAAAGGAAGACCCAGAGUUACCUCUGCUGCUGCAGAGGAUAAGUUCGUUAGAGUUACCAGCCUCAGAAAUUGCAGCCAAAAUAAAUGCUUCACAGAGUUCAAGUAACAGACACAUCUCAACAUCAACUGUUCAGAGGAGACUGUGUGAAUCAGGCCUUCAUGGUCGAAUUACUGCAAUAAGAAGAAGAGAUUUACUUGGGCCAAGAAACACGAGCAAUGGACAUUAGACAAGUGGAAAUCUGUCCUUUGGUCUGAUGAGUCCAAAUUUGAUAUUUUUGGUUCCAACCCGCCGUGUCUUUGUGAGACGCAGAGUAGGUGAACGGAUAAUCUCCGCAUGUGUGGUUCCCACCGUAAAGCAUGGAGGAGGAGGUGUGAUGGUGUGGGGGUGCUUUGCUGGUGACACUGUCUGUGAUUUAUUUAGAAUUCAUGGCACACUUAACCAGCAUGGCUACCACAGCAUUCUGCAGCGAUAUGCCAUCCCAUCUGGUUCACGCUUAGUGGGACUAUCAUUUGUUUUUCAACAGGACAAUGACCAACACACCUCUAGGCUAUGUAAGGGCUAUUUGACCAAUAAGGAGAGUGAUGGAGUGCUGCAUUAGAUGACCUGGCCUCCACAAUCACCCGACCUCAACCCAAUUGAGAUGGUUUGGGAUGAGUUGGACCGCAGAGUGAAGGAAAAGCAGCCAACAAGUGCUCAGCAUAUGUGGGAAAUCCUUCAAGACUGUUGGAAAAGCAUUCCAGGUGAAGCUGGUUGAGAGAAUGCCAAGAGUGUGCAAAGCUGUCAUCAAGGCAAAGGGUGGCUACUUUGAAGAAUCUAAAAUCUAAAAUAUAUAUUGAUUUGUUUAACACUUUUUUGGUUACUACAUGAUUCCAUAUGUGUUUUUUUCAUAGUUUUGAUGUCUUCACUAUUAUUCUACAAUGUAGAAAAUAGUCAAAAUAAAGAAAAACCCUUGAAUGAGUAGGUGUGUCCAAAUUGUUUACUGGUUCUGUAUGUAAAAACUCCCUCCUUUCUCCUGCCCCAGACACUACCACAGUAUGGAUGCCUUCAGUAACUAUGAUCUGCUGGAGGUCACAACAGGAAGGAAGGUGGCAGAGGGACACAAGGCCAGUUUCUGUCUGGAGGACACGGGCUGUGAUGCUGGAUUCAGACGCCGCUAUGCAUGCACAGCACAUACACAGGUGAGUACUGCACUACAUAUAUAGAAACAUAACAUCAUGCCAUUUCGUGAAUAUACAGUUAUAGCCCAUAGACAGGUACGUAUGGCACGGGUACUACACAAAGUACUUAGGGCCCCUACUGAUGUAACAAAAGGCGAAUAUGAUCCACAUUUUGCUAUAACUGUGUUUUGUGUUGAACAGGGGCUGAGUCCAGGAUGUCAUGAUACCUAUGCUGCAAAUAUUGACUGUCAGUGGAUCGACAUCACUGAUGUUCCUACAGGAAACUACGUCCUGAGGGUAGCUACAUUAUAUGAUUAUUGUCUCUGUAUUGUUGGGAAGGGCUCGCAAGCAAACAUUUCACGGUAAAGUCUACACCAGUUGUAUUCGGUGCAUGUGACAAAUAAAACAUUUGAUUUGAUAUCUCUAAAGCUUACAACAGCAACUAUCUGUUUGGUAAUGAUAAACUUUAAAUAGUAUAAUUUUUUUGCCUAGUCUAAUCUGUAUAUGCUUUGGCCAUCUCAUCUAAGCAGUGUUGUUCACACAAGUCUUUAUUUUCUUAGGUCACAGUCAACCCCAGUUAUCAUGUACAAGAGUCGGACUAUUCCAACAAUGUGGUGAGAUGUGAUGUCACAUACACAGGUACUCAGGUUCAAACACGGAACUGUCGGGUAACCAGGUAA